AUGAGCUCAGCACCACUCUUCUACUUAUCCUAUGUGCUAUGUGUGACCCUUGGGUUUGUCUGUGUGGUGUUUGUGUGCUACUGGAAUGCAAGCUGGAGAGGAGGUUUUGCUUGGGAUGGAUCAGGUUUGCAGUUCAAUUGGCACCCUGUCCUGAUGGUUACUGGUCUGGUGGUGCUUUAUGGCAAUGCUGUGGUCCUUUACCGUAUUCCUCUAACCUGGGGGCAGACCAAGCAGCCCUGGAAGCUACUGCAUGCUCUUGAACUGCUCAUGGCCAUGUUUUUCUCCAUCCUGGGCCUAUGUGCUGUUUUUGAUUUCCACCAUGCUAACAACAUCCCUGACCUCUACUCAUUGCACAGCUGGCUGGGUAUCAGUACAACAGUCCUUUUUACUGUGCAGUGGGUUUUGGGACUAGGAGCCUUUCUAUUCCCCUGCUCCCCUGUGCCAUUCAGAGCACUCUUCAAACCUGUCCAUGUUUGGAUGGGCCACGCCAUUUUCAUCCUCAGUUUGAUUUCCUGUAUCUCCGGUAUCAAUGAAAAACUCAUUCUGACACUAAACGGCAGAAAUGGAAGCAGUGAAGAGGCAUACUCUGCUUUGCCUGCUGAGGCGCUGUUUGCUAACUCACUAGGCAUUCUCAUAAUUGCUUUUGGAUUAGUGGUCCUGAAAAUUCUGUCCAAUCAGAAGUGGCAGAGACCACAGUGCAACCAGGAGGAGUCUGUUACACCACUGCUUCCUGAGAGAUGUUGA